AUUCUGCCGUGGAGAGACCGCUAGGAGGAAUGUCACAUCUUUCUCGCCUUUUAGCAGCCAACUUGUCCACUCGCUUAUGCCAACUUGAUGCAGAUAAAUGAUUUGUGUGAGGCCAAAAGCGGAGGCUCUCUCCCAAAUCCUCGCCCUCUAUAAAUCUCUUCUCAACGUGGUGGCUAAACCACAGCUAAAUUACACAUCCCACCUCUCAUCCCUUUUCAAUCUCCCAGCACAUCACUUCAGCUCACUUCUGCUUUGAGUUAUGCAAAUCUUGGGCUUUACUUUUGCAAACCUACAAUUUCGUUGCUUUAUUUUGGCGAUUGCUAUUGCAUCGUGCUUUGCACGAGUCUCCUCGGCAUCAAAUGAAACCGACAAAUCCGCAUUGCUUGCAUUCAAGGCUGGAAUAACUGAUGACCCUCUCGGGGUGCUAGACUCCUGGAACAAUACGGUCAACCUUUGCCGAUGGUAUGGCGUCACGUGCAGUCUCCGGCACCCCAACAGAGUCACCGUGUUGGCCCUGUAUUCCCAGAAGCUCUCAGGGUCUAUCUCCCCUCACAUCGGGAACCUCAGCUUCUUAAGGGAAUUGUUGCUCUAUAAUAACAGCUUUUACCAUGAAAUCCCUUCCCAAAUCGGGCGGUUGCACCGGUUACGCAUCUUGUUGCUGACCAGGAAUUCUCUCACGGGCGAAAUCCCCAAGAACAUAUCGGGUUGCCUUGACCUCCUCCACGUCGGAUUGUCCGGAAACCGACUGAGUGGAGAAGUGCCUCCGGAGAUAGGUUCUUUGGCGAAGCUUCGGUUUCUUUAUAUAGCAGCAAAUAAUCUAACAGGAAGUGUCCCUUCUUUCAUUGGGAACUUAUCAUCGUUGGAGAAGCUUUAUCUUCACGAGAAUUACUUAGGCGGGAGUCUUCCUCAGGCUCUAGGCCAACUGGCCAAACUAACAUCAUUUGUUUUGAUACACAACUGGUUGUCUGGUACGGUUCCGCCUUCCCUCUUCAAUUUAUCUUCAUUGGUAAUAUUUGAGGUAGGAUAUAACCAAAUACAUGGAAGUCUUCCCACUACAAUAGGCUUUGGUCUCCCCAACUUACAAUUUUUCAGCAUCGCCUCAAACCAGUUUGUUGGAUCAAUCCCUCUGUGGAUACCUAAUGCCACAAAUCUAAGGAUAUUUCAACUUGAUGGCAACAAACUCACAGGGAACGUACCUUCUUUUGAAAGUUUGCGUAAACUUCAAAAGUUGAACAUUCAAACUAAUUACCUUGGAAGUGAGGGAUCUGGUGACUUGAGCUUCCUUUGCUCAUUAACCAAUAUCACUAACUUAACCACCUUGUCUAUUAUGGAAAAUAGACUUGGUGGAAUGUUGCCGGAAUGCAUUGGUAAUUUCUCACAUUCUAUCACACAAUUGGCACUGGGCACCAAUCCUAUAAUUGGUGAAAUUCCUAGAGCAAUCUGGAAUUUGGUGAACUUGGAGGUCUUGCAUAUGGCCAACAGCAUUCUUUCCGGUGUUAUCCCGUUUGAUGUGGCAAAUCUUCAAAAUCUAGGAUAUCUGAGUCUCUCCAAGAACAAUCUGUCUGGGGUAAUUCCAUUCUCUUUGCAGAACAAGAAAUUGAUCAGAUUAUAUCUUGAUGGGAAUCACUUUCACGGGCACAUUCCUUCCCAUCUAGAUAAGUGUCAAAGUCUGACGGAGCUAGAUCUUUCUAACAAUGAUCUCAGUGGUUCCAUAUUCCUAGCGGUUAAAUCUCUCAUCUAUUUGAACUUGUCUCACAACCAUUUGAAUGGGACCCUUCCAGCGGAAGUAGGACAACUGGUCCAUUUAAAUUCUUUGGACAUUUCGGGCAAUAUGUUCGGUGGUGAAAUUCCGAGCACUCUAGACGAUUGCAAUGGAUUGGUAGAAUUAAAAAUGAAGGAUAACCACUUCCAGGGAUCCAUUCCUCAAUCAAUUAGCUCAUUAAGAAGCAUAGUGUUAUUGGAUCUUUCAAAUAACAAUCUAUCAGGUGAGAUUCCAAAGUUCUUAGAGGCAUUUGACUUCCUCGAAGUUCUAAAUUUAUCCUAUAACAAUUUUGAAGGCAUGUUACCCACUGAAGGAGUCUUCAAGAAUGUGAGUGCCACUUUUAUUAAUGGAAACAACAAGAUUUGUGGAGGAAUUCCGGAAUUUCGGCUCCCAAGAUGCAUCUCUAGAUACUCUGAGAGCAAAAGACUUGUUCGUAAAUUGAAACUCACGCUCUCUAUUACUUUUGGACUUCUAGGGGUGGUUCUUGUUCUGGCUUUUGUGUAUGUACGUUGGUUGAAGAAGACGAAAGCAAAAGAACCAACUUCAAGUUCCAUAACUGAUCCCUGGCAAAAUUUAUCUUAUGGAACUCUCCUUAAAGUAACCGAUGGUUUUUCUUCAGCUAAUUUGAUUGGUGUUGGCUGUUCUGGAUCCGUUUAUAGGGGAAUACUCCAGGAGAAUGGGACUAACAUUGCUGUGAAGGUGCUUAAUUUAACGCGUCAUGGUACUUUGAAAAGCUUCAAAGCCGAGUGCGAGGCUCUAAAGAAUCUCAGACACCGAAAUCUUUUGAAGGUACUGACAGUAUGCUCAGGUACUGAUUAUGAUGGAAAUGACUUUAAGGCUUUGGUCUAUGAAUUCAUGGACAAUGGUAGCCUGGAAGAGUGGCUACACCCAUCUCCAAUACAAGCCGAUGCAAAUGGGCCUUCAAAAAAUCUGAGUCUUGUCCAAAGGAUAAAGAUUUCAAUUGACAUUGCUUUUGCAUUGGAUUAUCUUCAUAACCAAUGCCACAGCACCAUAGUUCAUUGUGAUCUAAAGCCAAGCAAUAUCCUUUUAGACGCUGAGAUGGUUGGACAUGUCGGUGACUUUGGAUUGGCAAAGAUCAUCCUUGAAUCCACAUCUUACACAAACACAAAUAUAAGUUCAGCUGGUUUGAGAGGAACAAUUGGUUAUGCUGCUCCAGAAUAUGGAAUGGGAAGCGUGGUUUCUAUUGAAGGCGAUGUAUAUAGUUAUGGUAUCCUCUUGCUAGAGAUGUUCACAGGAUUCAGUCCCACAGUUGAGAUAUUUAAAGAAAACUUGAACCUUCAUAAUUUCGUUGAGGAAGCUUUGCCUGAAAGAGUCCUAGAGAUUACCGAUCCCAUUCUAGUUCAAGAAGUAGAAAGCAAUGCAUGCCAAAGCAUAAAGAGCACAGUCCAUGAUUGUCUGCUAAUGGUUUAUGGAAUUGGGAUCGCCUGCUCAGUUGGAGUCCCACGAGAGCGAAUGAGCAUCACAGAUGUAGCAGCUCAACUACGUUCGAUUAGGGACAGACUUUACGCAGCUGGCUUACGAGAAUAGAUAAACUCAACUUUCUGGUAAUGGGAAGAUGAAGCCAUGGAGGUAACAGAAUCUUCAUGCAGAACCAAAGUGGG